GAGGCGCUGCUCAUCACGCACCCGGCCGUGUGCGAGGCGGCCGUCAUCGGCGAGCCCCACGAGUACGGCGAGGCGCCGCGCGCCCUGGUGCGGGUGGCCGACGGACAUCGCGUCACUGAGGAGGAGCUUUGCCAGUUCAUAUCGGGCAAGGUGGCACCGCACAAGCAGUUGCGGGGCGGCAUCACCUUCAUGUCUGUGCCGUUCCCCCGUACGGCCAGCGGCAAGCUGCAGCGCAAGAAGCUCCGCGCCCUCCUCCAGGACGCUGACGACUCUUUCAACUCGUCCGCGUGCUCGGACCCUUCCUCGCCGACAGCCGCCCCGGCCCCGGUAGAGUUGCCGGUUGCAGAGCAACCGCAGCCCGCCUCGUCGGUGGAGGCGCCGGCCCCAGAGGCGCCGGUCCCGGUCCAGGUCACGGCCGCGGCGCCCCAGGACGCCACCCCGUCGGAGCGGCUGAUCGCUGCCGAGGCUGAGGUGACUGCGGCGGACAGGGUGGCCGCAGAGACGCUCGAGGACGCUCUGGAGACGCUCGAGUCAAUCACAGGCGCUGCGAUGUCGCCCGAACCCCAGGGCGAGCAACAGUGCCGCCCGUCGCUCGCGUCCAUCAACACCUUGUCCACCAUCUACUCGGAGUCCCCGGUCAGCACGCCCCCCUCGGCGGGUAUACCCUACACACCAGAGGACGUAUUUGCAACACCGUUUGCAGUUGCUCGGCUCAAGGAAGCAGCGCAGGUGCCGUUGCCAGCAUCCGAGCCAAACUCCCCUGCUGGGAACCUCCUGAAUGGAAGCUCUUGUUCCAUCCCUGCGGAUCUGGCUUCGCCUCUUCAAGCCAUGAACCUUCUGGACGACACUCAAGGCACUCAAGGCACUCAAGGCACACCAGGCUCAAUGGGCUCCGCUCUAAUGGACCUGGUAUCCCCGCUCGAAUCAAACAUUUAUGAUCAGUCCACUGCAACAUCACCCCAAUCCUAACCACUA